AUGAGAGAGCCGACGGAGAGAGAUGCGCUGCUGCGCGACAGCAGGCGUCCACCUCAUCCAGAUGGAUAUCUCGAUCCAGAUGAUCCAGCUGUCUCGCCCUACAAUCUAUGGACCGUCCGAUUCAUGCGAUAUAUGACCGUCUUGUUCCUAAUCAUCACCUUCCUCUGGUGGGUGCUGCUCCUUGUCAGCAUCUUCGUGUCGCCGCCAGGACUACACACACGGGGCUCAGGCUUCUUCGACUUUUCCUACACCACCUUGACAUCAGGCCUCCUCCUAACCUCGCUCCUGUUCUUCUCCUCCCCAAGCUUGGCUAUGCGAGUAACGCAGGGCGUACUUGCCCUAUUAUUACUCAUUGACCUGAUCAUCAUCGUCGCUGUGCCCAGAAUUCGCGGUGAGGAAGGUGCUCCCGGCAUAUCCAGCGUGGUAUGGGCCACCCUCAUGGCUGGCUGGGCAGUUUUCACGGAUCGUGUUGUUGCUUGGGGCAAGCGUGAGGAGGAAGAGCGCCUCACAGGCCGUCCUGAGACCAGACGAACUCUCAAAGAAUGGUUGUCGGUGCUUGCAGCCACAAUCAUUCUCGUCGGCUUCACCAUCAUCACCAUUCUUAUGACCGCAACACUGCUUCUUCGCAGCCUUGAUGCAGGGCUGGCGUUCAGUGGCGAGCGAUAUUGGGUUGAUGACCACAAGUACCAAGUGCAUCUUGACUGCGUCGGCAACAUCACCACCGAUGCAAAGGGCAAGAAGACCCCGACAAUUCUCCUCGAAGCUGCAGAAGACCCAGCCGAGUAUGACUUUGAACACUGGGCAUACAACGCAUACAAGAAUGGAACGAUCGACAGAUACUGCUACUGGGAUCGCCCGGGCUAUGCAUGGUCGGACAAUGCCCCUUCGCCGCACAGCGCUGGCAUGUCGGCGGACAAUCUCGCUGAGGCGCUCGCCAUCUCUGGAGAAGAAGGUCCUUACAUUCUCGUGUCUGCCGGUUAUGGCAGUCUCGUGUCGCGGAUUUUCAGUGCGAGACACUUCCGCGAAGUUGUCGGCAUCAUGAUGGUCGACCCACUUCACGAAGAUCUCCUGGGCCAGCUUGCUAGCCCAACUCGAGGCUUCAUCAUCUGGGGCUGGGGAAUCAUCAGCCCGCUAGGCAUUCGCCGAAUAAUUGGCUCGCUAUUCUAUGGUCAGACGAAGGAAGACCGUGUUUACGGUAACGCUGCGUUCACGGGCGGCAAGUUCAUCAAAGCCAAACUUCAGGAGAACAUGGUCGCAUCUUCUUUCACGAAGAACGAGGUCGCUUCGGCUCGGACGAUCCAGGCUACUGACACACCACUCGUGGUCGUCUCGUCUGGCAUUCGCGUCAAGACUGACGACGAGUGGGCAAGCAAGCAGCGCGAUCUGACCAACAUUACUGGAACGCUUCUCGCGUGGGAUGUGGUCAACAAGGCUCCUCACUACGUGUGGCGGACCAAGUCUGGUCGAGAUGUCAUGGAGAAGCGUCUCGGAGAGCUUGUCAAAGCACAUGCCAAGCCCCCGAAGUAA